AUGUCUACAGGCCUAGAAAAUUUUUUAAUCUCUUGUUUUCUAGAAAAAUAUAAUAUUCGCAGUAUAGGGGAAAUUUUGCAUAGAAAAUAUUUGGAUUGGAGAAUUCUCAACUUUUGGUUUAGAAAAAAAGUAAAUAUUGAGCUUGAUACUAGGAGUAAAAAAAAAUAUAUUAAAACUAAAGUUAAGAAUUAUAAAAGAAUUUAUAAAAUAACUAAGACGAGUCUUGCCAAUCAAAAAAUAAAUUUUUUUGAUUGGAUGGGAAUGAAUGAAGAAAUACUAAAUCCUCGUAUAACAAAUUUUGACUUUUUUUUCUUUCCAGAAUUUUUCUUAUUUUCUAGUACAUAUAAAAUGAAACCGUGGGUCAUACCAAUUAAAUCACUUCUUUUCAAUUUUAAUGAAACAAAAAAUGUGAAUAAACAGAUCACCCUAAAGAAAAAAGGUUUUAUACCAUCAAACGAAAAAAAAUUCCUUCGGUUUUUUAAUCUAAAUAAAGAAGAAAACGAAUCAGCAGGUCAAGAAGAGUUUGAAUCAGAUAAAGAAACAAAAAUAAAUACGGAAUCAGCUCUAUCAAAGCAAGAAAAAAAUAUUGAAGAAAAUUAUACAGAAUCGAAGAUAAAAAAACGUAAAAAUAAAAAAAAACCAAAAAGCAAUACCGAAGCGGAACUUGACUUAUUUCUCAAAAGGUAUUCGCGUUUUCAAUUGCGAUGGAAUUGUUUUUUUAAUCAAAAAAUCCUCAAUAAUGUAAAAGCAUACUGUCUCUUGGUUAGACUAAAAAAUCCAACCGAGAUAACGAUAUCUUGUAUUGAAAGAGGAGAGAUGAGCUUAGAUAUUCUAAUGAUUGAGAAGAAUUUCACUUUUUCAAAAUUAAUGAAAAAAGGAAUAUUGAUUGUUGAACCUGUUCGUUUGUCUGUAAAAAACGACGGCCAACUUAUUAUAUAUAGAACCAUCGGGAUUUCAUUGGUUCAUAAAAAUAAACAAAAAAUAAGUAAAAGAUCAAAAAAAAAAAGCUAUAUUUAUAAAAAAAAAAGUUUAAAUUUCUUUGUCCCUGAAACUAUUCUAUCCCCUAAACGACGUAAAGAAUUUCGAAUUCUAAUUUGUUUCAAUUUAAAAAAAAAAAAUGCAAGGGAUAGAAAUUCAAAAUUUGAUACAAAUAUUCAAAACUUGACCACAGUUUUGAAUAAAAAGAAAGAUCUUGAUAAGGAUAAAAAAAACCUAAUUAAAUUAAAAUCCUUUCUUUGGCCCAAUUUUCGAUUAGAAGAUUUAGCUUGUAUGAAUCGCUAUUGGUUUAAUACGACUAAUGGAAAUCAUUUCAGUAUGAUAAGAAUACACAUGUAUACGCGAUUUCAAAUGCAUUAAUGGUAGAUCCUUUUUACUAUAUUUUGACUAUAUAUAUAGUAUUAAGUUACGGUAUAUGAACAAUAUAUAAUAUAAGUUACGGUAUAUGAAAACAAUUGGAUGCACAAAUGUGAGGGAUUUUUUUUAAUUCAAUCUUUAUACAUGAGAUUCAUUGAAUUAAUGACAUAGAUACCACUCAGAGCGAAUUCAUAAAUAAAUUUUUAAAAUCCUCCUUUUUUAGAUCGAAAUUUAAACUUUUUUUUUAUAAAAUUAAGAAUUAAUAAGUUGAUAAUUAAAUUCGGAUCCUUGUACAAAAAAACUACCAUUAUUAUUACUGAUCAGUAAAAUUCAUAUCUUUCAAUUCAUAUUAAAAAGGGAAGGAUUUCUUUUUAUGAUAAAAAAUACAUUCAUUUCAUUUCAAGAAAAAAAAGAAGAAAGCAAGGGAUCUGUUGAAUUUCAAGUAGUCAGUUUCACUAAUAAGAUACGAAGACUUACUUCACAUUUGGAAUUGCACAGAAAAGAUUAUUUAUCUCAGAGAGGUCUACGAAAAAUUCUGGGAAAACGUCAACGACUGCUGGCUUAUUUGUCAAAAAAAAAUAGAGUACGUUAUAAAGAAUUAAUUAAUCAGUUGAAUAUUCGGGAAUUAAAAACUCGUUAAAUUCCAAAAUUGUGAAUUAGUUAAUUUUUUAGAUCUUGAAUUUUUGAAUAAACUUCUUUUUCAGCAAUCUAAUUCAUACCAGAACGAAUCAAGGAAAAACUUAUGAAGAGACCAGUUACAGGAAAAGAUCUUAUGAUAGUCAAUAUGGGACCUCACCACCCAUCCAUGCACGGUGUUCUUCGCUUAAUUGUUACUCUAGACGGUGAGGAUGUUGUUGAUUGUGAACCCAUAUUGGGUUAUUUACACAGAGGAAUGGAAAAAAUUGCAGAAAACCGAGCAAUUAUACAAUAUUUACCUUAUGUAACGCGGUGGGAUUAUUUAGCUACUAUGUUUACAGAAGCAAUAACAGUAAACGGACCCGAACAAUUAGGAAAUAUUCAAGUUCCUAAAAGAGCCAGCUAUAUCAGAGUAAUUAUGCUAGAAUUGAGUCGUAUAGCUUCUCAUCUGUUAUGGCUUGGCCCUUUUAUGGCAGAUAUUGGGGCACAGACUCCCUUUUUCUAUAUUUUCAGAGAACGAGAAUUUGUAUAUGAUCUAUUCGAAGCUGCCACCGGUAUGAGAAUGAUGCAUAAUUUUUUUCGUAUUGGAGGAAUAGCGGCGGAUUUACCUUAUGGUUGGAUAGAUAAAUGCUUGGAUUUUUGUGAUUAUUUUUUAACAGAGGUUGUUGAAUAUCAAAAACUUAUUACACGAAAUCCUAUUUUUUUAGAACGAGUUGAAGGCGUUGGGAUUAUUGGUGGGGAAGAAGCAAUAAAUUGGGGUUUAUCCGGACCAAUGUUACGCGCAUCCGGAAUACCAUGGGAUCUUCGUAAAGUUGAUCGUUAUGAGUCUUACGAUGAAUUUGAAUGGGAAAUUCAGUGGCAAAAACAAGGAGAUUCAUUAGCUCGUUAUUUAGUACGACUUAGCGAAAUGACAGAAUCCAUCAAAAUUAUUCAACAGGCUCUGGAAGGACUUCCGGGGGGUCCCUAUGAAAAUUUAGAAAGCAGAGGCUUUGAUAAAAAAAGGAAUCCAGAGUGGAAUGAUUUUGAAUAUCGAUUCAUUAGUAAAAAACCUUCCCCUACUUUUGAAUUAUCGAAACAAGAACUUUACGUAAGAGUUGAAGCUCCAAAAGGGGAAUUGGGAAUUUUUCUCAUAGGAGAUCAAAGUGGUUUUCCUUGGAGAUGGAAAAUCCGACCGCCGGGUUUUAUUAAUUUGCAAAUUCUUCCUGAACUAGUUAAAAGAAUGAAAUUGGCUGAUAUUAUGACGAUACUCGGUAGCAUAGAUAUAAUUAUGGGAGAAGUUGAUCGUUAAAAUGAUAAUUUAUGCAACAGAAGUACAAACAAUAAAUUCUUUUCUUAGAUUGGAAUCUUUAAAAGAGGUCUAUGGACUCAUAUGGAUAUUUGUCCCUAUAUUUUCUCUUGUAUUGGGAAUCAUAACUGGUGUACUAGUAAUUGUGUGGUUAGAAAGAGAAAUAUCUGCAGGGAUACAACAACGUAUUGGACCUGAAUACGCCGGCCCGUUAGGAAUUCUUCAAGCUUUAGCCGACGGGACAAAACUACUUUUCAAAGAAGAUCUUCGUCCAUCUAGAGGAAAUACUCCUUUAUUUAGUAUUGGACCAUCUAUAGCAGUUAUCUCUAUUUUACUAAGUUAUUCAGUAAUUCCUUUUAGCAAUCACCUUGUUUUAGCGGAUCUCAAUAUCGGUAUUUUUUUAUGGAUUGCCAUCUCAAGUGUUGCUCCGAUCGGACUUCUUAUGUCAGGAUAUGGAUCAAAUAAUAAAUAUUCUUUUUUAGGUGGUCUGCGAGCUGCUGCUCAAGCGAUUAGUUAUGAAAUACCAUUAACUCUAUGUGUUUUAUCAAUAUCUCUACGUGCGAUUCGUUGAAACAGAAAGGUUUAUUCCGUUUCUUCUAGAUAAAAAAAAAAUGAAAAAAAAAACGGAAUAUAUAUAUUUAUCUUUCGGGUUUAUCUUAAUAAAAGGAAUUUGAAUUUGAUAGUUAUAUAUGAGUGAAAAAAAACUGCUCAGAAAUUAGCAGUAAAAAGAAAAAUUAAGUCUCAUUUCCUAUGUACAAAGGUUAAAUGGAAAUAAACGUAAGCGUAAGAAUCGCUUUACCCCAAGGUUGGUUGAUUAGUCAGCCGGGCUUGAAGCGGGUUAAAAAAAAUAUUAACCGUAUGACGUUUUCACUAUCAGUUAUAUAAAUUACUAUACAUAUACAUAUAUUACAAAGUGAUCGGCAAUUAGGUAAAAACGCGUGGAUGGUUAGAAACACCAAAAUACACAAAGAAUUUGUAAUAGAGAUUAACCAAAUUGAAAAGGAUAUUUAUGCAUAACAUAA